AUAAUGUAUUUUAAAAAUAUUUCAAUUGAAUAAAGAAAAAAAAGGUGGGUUAGUUCAUUAGUACAUAAACAACAAGUAGCAGCAAAAAAAAAAAGCAUAUCCAAGAAAAGUUUCGAUCGGAAAUUGGGUUACUAAUAGAUAUGGUGUUAGAAGGAUCUGGCACAACUAAUGACGGAAAUACUGCUAGAAAAUAUUUCCAGGAGCCUAGUAAAUCUGCACAAAUCACUGGAGUCGAUGAAAAUCUUAUCACUAGAUUUAGUUGUAUUUUGGCUACCAUAUCUUGUGGUCAUAAAAUAAAUCAUCAAAAAUUUGAUGAUUACGCUAAAGAAACGGCAAGAUUGUUUGUGCAUCUAUAUCCGUGGUUUUAUUUACCAGCAAGUAUACACAAAGUGUUAAUUCACGGAGGAGAUAUUAUUCGUGCUGCUCUGUUACCAAUAGGUCAAUUAUCUAAAAAGCUGCUGAAGCAUGUAACAAAGAAUAUAAAAGACUAAGACUUCAUCACACUCGAAAAUCAUCCCGCAUAAAUAGUAAUACUGAUCUUUUCCAAAUGAUGUUAGUCUCAUCCGACCCACUAAUUUCAUCCCUUCGGAAGACAUGUAAAAA